AUCCUUUUGCAUGCGGAAGACUCGUCGCUUGCUGUACAACUGCUGUCAAUUUACUUUGGUCUGUUCAAAACCCUUGUCAAUCGCAAACUUCCUGACAAUCGGCUCAUAGGAAUUCUUCUAUCUGCUGCAAACCGUGCGCUUCCAUUCGCAAAAGAGAAAGCCGAUUCAUUGGUUGAGGAUAUCAAUACGUUGUAUAAGAUUGUCCAUACAAGCUCUUAUUCGGUAUCGCUGCAAACACUGAAACUGCUAUUCCAAGUACAUCAAAUAAGCGACUCACUUUCGGACCGAUUUUACACGGCACUUUACCGAAAACUGCUAGUCGAAGUUCCUCCAUCGUGUUACAACCAACUACUUCUCCUUGUGUUCAAAGUUUUGAAAGCAGAUCCUUCUGAAAGUCGCGUGCGGUCAUUUGUCAAGCGGUUGCUACAGGCUGCUACAAAUGCAACUCCUUCACUAGCUGCUGGUAUACUGAUACUAAUAUCUCGGUUGCUUGAGACUAAAAGGGAUCUAAUCGUUCUACAAAAACAUAUCGAUAGGGUAGCUCUGCUAGAUGCAAAGUUGCAAACUGGUGACGAUGACGACGAGGAGAGGUAUUUUGACUUGGGACCUGAUGGAAAGCCUAUCACGAUCAUUAAAAAAGAAGAGGAACCUUCUGAAGCUGCCAAUGACGCAGAUGACGAGAAGAAAACCACCGAAAAUGGUCAUUGUGGCAAUUUCGUAAAUAAGCCUGGUUGGGUUCAAAGUCGGCGACGUCGCCGUACAAUCAUGCUGUACGCAAUCCACUCUUUGUCGACUGCCGCAAUCUUGUUGAUAGUGAGCUCUUGCUCCUCUCCAAGCAUUACCAUCCGUCUGUCGCGAUUUUCGCCAAAGCACUUAUACAGGUACUCCACUUGGUCGUAUACCUCUUGA